AAUUGUGACUUGUGUAUAGAUUUCCAUCAAAUAUUUGUGCAGAUUGUGAUUUAUAAAUACAUAUGUUAUAAAAAUUAGGUGUUAUAUGUACAAAAAUGUAUCAUUAGUGAGGUUUUUUUUCGUGAAUUGUUUGCUUUCAUUGUGCACAGUACCGACGAAAGAUGGUGAGAGGUUUUGUAAGCUUGUCGAUAGGUUUCUCGUAAUGGCUAAUGAUUAAGUUGGAUUUUUUAAUAUGUUAUUUGGGCGACAUGAUACGCAAAAAACUGUUGUACAAGUAGUUUUACUUAAAAACCAGCGUCAUGUAUCACUAAAAAAUGUGCAACGAACUGAAAAUAUAAUAAAUAGUGAUAGUGCAUUCGGCGGGUAGUAGGUUCGAUUCGCGGCGGUAAAGCUUGGUAAACAUAGGACCAUGGCCGAUCAUCUUAUAGACGAGCCCCCAAAUAAGCGGGUAAAGCUGAGGGACCACUUUCAGGGUCCUUCAGACAAUACGGUUCCGAUGUCUAUGAUGCACCAAUCUUACAACUUUGGAUUGAGCAAUGCUGUGGGUAACGGAGGUUCACAAGGAGGCCCUAUGCAAAAUCAACAAUGGAACAACCAGCAACAAGUUAUGCAACAUAUGCAACAGAAGAGAAAUGUUAUUUCUCAAAUGGAUAUGUUUGAUCUGGAAAAAGAUUUGCCUGAUGAGCUAAUUUCAAGUGGUUCUUGGGGAGACCAAAUUGGCGGAGGCAGUAAGCCUCCAGCGCAAGGGCCAGGCCCUGGUGCAUCUAUCAAUGGAGAAGACAAUAUUCAACGAAUUAAUCAAUCCAAUCAUCAACUGCAGCAAAAUACAAAAGGAUUAGGAAACCAAAUGGCACUUACAGGUUUGUUGACCAGUAAGAGUCCAAAUCUUCAAUCUCCAGUAACACAAGGAACUAAAGACGGCAUGGGCAUGGGGUUACAAAAUCAAAUUAUUAAUAGCAACAUGCCCAACAAUGUUUGUAUGUCAAAUUCAAUGGCAAAUUCUAUGCCCAUGUCAAUGUCUAAUAGUAAUAAUCAGCCUAUGAGUUCAAUGCAAGGAUUAAAUAGUGCAACAUCAGUAGGGGGUAUGAUAAUGACGAACAGCUCUAUGAAUACAGGUGGGCAUGCAACUAUGGGCGGAGGUGGACUAGUGGUCAAUAGUGUGAAUAAGCAACCACUUUCAGCUUCUCCAAUGAUGGGAGGCCAACCAGGGAUGCAUCACACUCAACAUGGUUUAUCACAGGGAAUGCAGAAUGGACCAAUGAUUGCUCGUGCUACAAUGCAGCCAGGAGGUUUAAUGGGGCCAAGAGUGGUGGGUCAUCAUAUAGGAGGGCCGCGUAUGCAGGCACCAAAUAUGCCUAUGGGCCAAAUGGGAAACAUGCAAGGUCCACCUUAUGGAUACAGUGGAAACAGCCCAGUGAAUGUUAAUGCAAUGAAACCCCAACUACCAGUUGCGGUUGGCAUUGUAGCACCACAGCAAAGAGGACCUAACAUGGCCACAUUACAAAACCGUUUUGUUGCCACUAACACAGCUGUGAAUGUACCAGGAGCUGGACAGCAAGUAGGAAAUGCUGGUGUUCCAGGUUCUAUUCAACCAGGAGUUGUUGGCAAUACUGCUACUACUAGUGAAGGAGGUAUGGCAGGCCAAACACAACCUCCUGCACCCUCUCCAGCUCAGCCGCAAUCUGGUGCUCCUAGUGGGUCUCAACCUGGACCACAAACAGCAACACAACAAAUGAACCCAUCUCCUGCGACUGGCUUAGCGGAUCCCGAAAAGCGCAAAUUGAUUCAACAGCAAUUGGUUUUACUUUUGCAUGCACACAAAUGUCAACGGAGGGAAUCUAUGGCAAAUGGUGAAACUGGUCAGUGUAGUUUGCCUCAUUGUAAAACAAUGAAGGGUGUUUUAAAUCAUAUGACUACAUGCCAAGCUGGAAAAAGCUGUGGUGUUGCUCAUUGCUCAAGUUCACGACAAAUUAUUAGUCACUGGAAACAUUGCACAAGAUCUGACUGUCCAGUUUGUUUGCCAUUGAAACAGGCAGAUAAAAAUAGAAAUAAUAACAGUAAUGCUGCCACUAAUCCUAUACCGAAUAGUCAAACUCCAAAUCCUUCUCCUUCAGACAUGAGGAGAGCAUAUGAUGCUCUUGGAAUAACACCUCCUGGUCAACCUGGUGGUGCUAUAUUACCAAAUAGUUGCAAUAUGGCAGGUCAAGGACCUAGACCAGUUCGACUUGUUGCUCCUGUAGUUUUGGGUUCUACCAACCAGUCUAAUAUGACUCAAGUUCGUGUAUUGGGUCCUAACCAGAAUCAAAUAGGCACUAAUCAAAACCAAGUGCUUGCACCAAAUGUUAGUUUACCUUUGAGUUCGGAUCCUUCCUCAAAUCCUAUUAGUCAAUCAGGAGUUCCGGUACCGUCAGUUUCUCAAACAUCAACAAGUUUACAACAGUCUGUUAAUAUGCAGUUAUUUGGAGGAUCUGAUCAGCAAGCUAAUUCAGUUUUAGGAGGUGGUGUCUUGGGAGGCAAUAAUCUGUCUUUACCAAGUGGUUUGCAAGCUGGGCAAGUGACAGCUGCUCCUGUGCCUGGAACCAAAGAAUGGCAUCAGUCUGUAACGCCUGAUUUAAGGAAUCACUUAGUUCAUAAACUGGUACAAGCAAUAUUUCCGACUCCGGAUCCCCAAACUAUGCUUGAUAAACGCAUGCAUAAUUUAGUGGCAUAUGCACGGAAGGUAGAAGGUGAUAUGUAUGAAGCAGCUAAUUCUCGAUCAGAAUAUUAUCACUUAUUAGCUGAGAAAAUUUAUAAGAUCCAAAAAGAGCUAGAAGAGAAACGCCUUAAGAGGAAAGAACAGCAGCAAAUGCAACAGCAACAGCAGCAACAAGUGGGUGUUGUUGGACAAGCAAUGAGAGCGACGGGCCCACAAAUUCUAUCUCCAAAUCUAGUUCGUGCUCCUGGACAACCUAACAUGCCAGGUGCUGUAAUACCAAAUCAGCCAAAUUUGCCUGGCCACAAUCUUCCUGUUCAACAACAAAAUAUUACAGGGAAUACUUCACAAGGUAUUCCAACUCACUCCCCUGGCAUGAAUAUAAAUUUACCAAUUAGGGCACCCUUUUCUGGACAGCAUAAUAUGGUGGUUGGACAACCCGGCCAAAGUCCCAACAGCAAUAAUAUGACUCAACCAAAUAUGGUUGUACCAAAUUCAGGCUUAUCACCUUUUGGACAGACUAUUGCACCAAGUCCUAAUAUGACUCCUCCUACAGCUACAACUCCAAAUGUGCCUGGAAACAAUCAAUUUUCAAAUUCGAAUGGACCAAGUAUUCCGACAACAUCUCCGGCUCCUAAUAUGCAAUAUCCUGAUGUUAUGAAAGCUCGCUUGGCUGCUGCACAAGCCUCAGCUUCAGUUAAUACAUCUGCAAAUCAGGCAACUGUGCCUUCUCAAGGACCCUUUGGGAAACACUCAGCAAACAAUAUGCAAUUUAAUAACAUGCAACAGAAUAAUCGAGUAGGUGGUCCAAUGCCACCAACUCCAACAUCAGAAAAUCAACUUUCCCAAGUUCCUGUGCCGAGUCCAAGUCCUAAUAUGGUACCUUCAAAUACAUCAGUGCCUAGUACAAUGCCUGGAACACCAAAUAUGGCAUCCACAUUGCCACCCCACCCAGAUCAAACACCUCCACCUAGCCUUACAUCUCCAGUUUCGAAUAGUAACGUGACCCUGGGAAAAAGAAUUGGGGCCGAUAGAUCUUCAUUGAAUUCCAGAAGUUCACAAAUGGCUGCACUUGUGGCUGCUGCUAAUGAUCAAGAAGAGGAAACGUCUCCUUCUCCAACAAAGCAAAGUGGUAAAUUGGAAAUGAAGUAUGAGAGUGCUGAAAUUAAAAGAGAAGAGGGAGAAUCAAAUCACAUGACAAAGGGGGACAACUCCAGCAAUGGUGUUAAAACAGAAAUUAAAACUGAACCUAUGGAAGAUGGAGAGAUCACAGUUAAAGAAGAGAUUAAAGAGGAACCUGGAACACCUAGAUCACAAAGUGAUAUAAUGGAUAUUAAGCCUAUGGUUCCUGAACCCAUUCAAUCAAGUGUUCAAGAUAAGAAACGGAAAUGCUUAUUUAAACCUGAAGAACUUCGCCAAGCAUUAAUGCCAACCUUAGAAAAAUUAUAUAGGCAAGAUCCAGAAUCUUUGCCAUUUAGAGAACCAGUGGAUCCAAUUCUUUUAGGAAUACCUGAUUACUUCAAUAUAAUAAAAAAACCUAUGGAUUUAUCAUCUAUUAAAAGAAAGUUGGACACAGGACAAUACAGUGAUCCAUGGGAAUAUGUAGAUGAUGUAUGGCUUAUGUUUGAUAACGCCUGGCUUUAUAAUAAGAAGACUACAAGGAUACACAGACACUGUACAAAACUAUCAGAAGUCUUUGAGCAGGAAAUCGAUCCUGUCAUGCAAGCAUUGGGUUACUGUUGUGGACGUAAAUACACUUUUAACCCCCAAGUACUUUGCUGUUAUGGUAAACAAUUGUGUACAAUACCGAGGGAUGCAAAAUAUUUCAGUUACCAGAACAGGUAUACGUUUUGCCAAAAAUGCUUUAAUGAUAUACCAGGUGAUACAGUAACUUUGGGUGAUGAUCCACUGCAACCUCAAACUGUGAUCAAAAAAGAUCAGUUUAAAGAAAUGAAGAAUGAUCAUUUAGAAUUAGAACCUUUUGUUGUAUGUGGUGAUUGUGGUAGAAAGCAACACCAAAUAUGUGUUCUACACUUAGAGCAAAUUUGGACAAGUGGUUUUGUGUGUGAUAAUUGUUUGAAAAAGAAAGGUGCUAAACGGAAAGAAAAUAAAUUUAAUGCUAAGAGAUUGCCAGUAUCAAAAUUAGGCAUAUAUAUUGAAACAAGGGUAAAUAAUUAUUUGAAAAAGAAAGAAGCAGGUGCUGGUGAAGUUCACAUACGAGUUGUAGCUAGCUCAGACAAAGUUGUUGAAGUCAAACCAGGCAUGAGAAGCAGGUUUGUUGAGAAUGGAGAAUUGCGAGGUGAAUUUCCAUAUCGUGCAAAGGCCUUAUUUGCUUUUGAAGAGGUAGAUGGAACUGAUGUAUGUUUUUUUGGAAUGCAUGUUCAAGAGUAUGGAUCUGAAUGUCCUGCACCUAACACAAGGAGAGUUUAUAUUGCAUACUUGGAUUCUGUACAUUUUUUUCAGCCUAGGCAAUACAGAACGGCUGUUUAUCAUGAAAUUUUAUUAGGUUAUAUGGACUAUGCAAAACAAUUAGGUUAUACAAUGGCUCAUAUAUGGGCCUGUCCCCCGUCAGAAGGUGAUGACUAUAUUUUUCACUGCCAUCCAGUUGAACAAAAAAUUCCUAAGCCAAAGCGAUUACAAGAGUGGUAUAAGAAAAUGCUUGAUAAAGGCAUUAUAGAAAGAAUUAUAUUAGAUUAUAAGGAUAUCUUAAAACAAGCAAUGGAAGACAAAUUAUGCAGUGCAGCGGAUUUACCUUAUUUUGAAGGAGAUUUCUGGCCUAAUGUAUUAGAAGAAAGUAUAAAAGAAUUAGACCAGGAAGAAGAAGAAAAGCGAAAACAGGCAGAAGCUGCAGAAGCUGCUGCUAAUGCUAUAUUUUCGCAUUCGGAUGAUAAUGAGAUUGGCCCAGAUGGGAAGAAGAAAGGCCAAAAGAAAGCUAAAAAAUCAAACAAAUCCAAAUCUAGCCAGCGAAAAAAUAGUAAGAAAUCU